CAACCUGGCUGAGAUCCUGUCCCAAAACUACAGGGUGCGGGAAGAGGCGGAGGAAGAGGAGCAGGACAACGCUCCGGGGAAAGCAACGCCUUUCAGAGAGCUAGAGAAGAGUUUCAAUGCCUCCCAGAGCAGUGAAAUGCCUUUUGAAGAGCUGCUGGCCUUCUAUGGCUAUGAGGCCUCGGACCCCAUCUCUGAGCAAGAGAGCGAGAGCAGUGAUGCGCCGCCGAACUUGCCAGACAUGACCUUGGACAAGGAGCAAAUAGCAAAGGAUCUACUUUCUGGGGAAGAGGAGGAAGAGACGCAAUCUUCAGCGGAUGAUCUGACUCCUUCGGUCAUUUCCCAUGAUGCAUCAGACCUUUUCCCUAACCAGAGCCAUUCCAACUUCCUUGCUGAUGAGGACAAGGGCCCAUCCUGCUCCCCGUGUGCGUCCUUCUCGGCCGAGGACUCUGAGGAAGACUCCAUUCUGCCGAACGAUUGCAAGAAGGAGAUCAUGGUUGGGCCUCAGUACCAGGCCACAGUCCCUCUCCUCCACUUGAACCGACAUGGCGAGAAAGUUUACGAAAACGACGACCAGUUGCUCUGGGACCCAAACAUCCUCCCCGAGAGAGAGGUGGAGGAGUUCCUCUACCGAGCCAUCAAGCGGAGGUGGGACGAGGUCUCCCUCGCUGCCCUUCCAGAGGGAGAGACGAUGAAGGAUAACGAGCAGGCGCUGUACGAGCUGGUGAAGUGCAACUUCAAUGCCGAGGAGGCCCUGCGGCGGCUCCGGUUCAACGUGAAAGUCAUCCGAGACGAGCUCUGUGCCUGGAGCGAAGAGGAAUGCAGGAACUUCGAGCACGGGUUUCGAGUCCACGGGAAGAACUUCCACCUUAUUCAAGCCAAUAAGGUCCGCACCCGGUCAGUGGGCGAGUGUGUGGAGUACUAUUACAUGUGGAAGAAGUCUGAGCGUUACGACUACUUCACCCAGCAGACGCGGUUUGGAAGAAAGAAGGAUUAUGUGGACAACUUCUUAGAUGGUGGAGAAGUCGAAAGUUCCAGCCGCUCGCGUUCUGCACCCAUCCUGUCCACCACCAGUUGCCUGGGCCCUCGUUUUGGCACGGAUCACCUGGCGAUGGAGAGCACAGAGCCACUGAGCAGCGAGAGCGCGGCCUGCAGCUCGGGCGGCACGAGUGAGUCGGGCCACGGCUACGAGUGGAGCACGCCUUCGGAAACAAACGGUUCCUUUGACCCUGCGGAGGAGGUCCCCGUGGGUGGCCGCGCACCCGCCUACCUGCAGCCCCCGCCCAAGCCGCCAGGCGCCGGGUUCUGCGCAGUGGCCACGGCCGGCAAGCAGGAGCCGCUGCACUGCUCCGGGGAAGCCAUCGCCGUGGGCUUCGCCCUCCCUGGGAACGUCGCGGAGGGACUGCCUUUAAUUCCGGGCCACGUGGGACUGGACAGGGAUCCGGAGACGCUGGGGACCCCCGCUCAAGUGUCCUUAUCCGUCCCCAAUUUCAGUAUCCUCGGCAUCGGCGAAGUCAGUGGCUUCCUGGACAAUCAGCAGGCCUGUCCGGCCCCCAGAGCCCAAAUGGGCUCAUUUUCUCAGUGA